CCCUCCCCGGCAGCGCGGCUGCCGCUGCAGCUACACCGGGUAGGUUUGCAGGCACUAUGGCGGCUCCUGCUGGGAAGGUUGGGGGAAAGUUUUCGCCGUCGGUGGCCGAUUGAGACAGCGAUCCGAAGGCGCCCGGCCUCCAGGCCUCACCCUCGGCGGGAACGGGGUUGAGCUCCUCUAGACAAGCAAAAGGCGCCGCUCCUCAGGAGAGGGAAGAGGGAGCGAGGUCCUCGGUCUCGGCCACCUGCAGAGUCACUGAGCCAGCGGCGCCAGAGCCUUCACUGGCCUUCAUCGGCCAGUCCUCUUUCCCCCCUUCGCUUCCAGGGGAGAGCUCCUUCGUCCCUGCACCAAGACCCUCCUCAGGGAGUCCUGCCAGACAGACUCCCGUCCUCCAGCGAUAAGUCAUCUGCAGCGCCUGAGACCAUCACUAAACAGACCACAGCACUUCAACUUCCCUCCUCACCUGGCCCAACUUGCUGUCAGUUCUUUCCCUUCACUUGAAGAAACUGCCUUUUAUUCAAUGACCUGGAUAUGUUUUCGGGUUUAUUGACCCUUAGGUCUUGAGGGGAGUGCAAUACAGUUCUCUUCCAUUAGUAAUCAGGUUCGUUGUCUGCUCUGUUCCUUUGACAGUUCUAGAUAGGGCCUGAGUUGUCUGCUGAGGGGUCAGCAAACCUGCUCAUCGUCCCAUUCGUGACUUUGCAUUGAUGUCUGAAGAAGAUGAACCCUGGAUUCACUGGUGGAUCAGUUAGCCUGUUCUUGUUGCAAAGGCUUUCUGGUCAUUCUUCAGUUUGUACUUAACUCUUGUAAAUUUCUUGUCUUUGGUUUCCCAUUGCCGGAACCUUUAAUUGUUUCUCUUGUAUUGAGAAAAAAUCUUGGGCAGUGUUUACGGAACAGAAUCCAUUACAUCCCAAACAAGUAUUUGUGCGUGAGUCAUCCUCUUGGAUUUAUAGCUGUCCCCACCUUAAUUUAACAAGUUCUGUUUCUCCUGUGAGGCAUCAAAUGCUUGUUCAUAGUCUUGAGAAAUAUGGAUUAAAGUGGAGCUUUUUAGACUUACUACAGGCCUUACUAAAGGAAACAAUGGAGCUUUUUUACUGGAUUAUUGCCAGGAUUAGUUCACACACUGCAGCUAUAAAUUGUUAGAUCUCACUUGCAGGUAAUGCUUGGCCUGCUUUAAUGUGACGUGCGGUGGGAAUUUUGCUUAUCAACUGUGGAGGGUGGCUUGGAUCAAGAAGAGUUUCUCUUCUUUCCUGAUUGGUGUGGCAUCACAUAUAUGUCCUCAAUGCCUUCAGCGUUGGCUAUCUUCACUUGCCGUCCGAACUCUCACCCGUUUCAAGAACGCCAUGUCUACCUGGAUGAGCCUGUCAAAAUUGGCCGCUCGGUGGCUCGUUGUCGACCAGCUCAGAACAAUGCUACCUUUGACUGUAAGGUCCUGUCUAGGAACCAUGCUCUUGUCUGGUUUGACCACAAGACAGGAAAGUUUUAUCUUCAAGACACUAAAAGUAGUAAUGGUACCUUUAUAAAUAGUCAGAGAUUGAGCAGAGGAUCUGAGGAAAGCCCACCAUGUGAAAUUCUGUCUGGUGAUAUCAUCCAGUUCGGCGUAGAUGUGACUGAGAACACACGGAAAGUCACCCAUGGAUGCAUUGUUUCCACAAUAAAACUGUUUCUUCCAGAUGGUAUGGAAGCUAGGCUACGGUCAGAUGUCAUCCACGCUCCAUUACCCAGUCCUGUUGAUAAGGUUGCUGCUAACACUCCCAGUAUGUACUCUCAGGAACUGUUUCAGCUUUCACAGUAUCUACAGGAGGCCUUACAUAGGGAACAAAUGUUGGAACAGAAGCUGGCCACCUUACAGCGAUUGCUUGCUGUCACGCAAGAGGCAUCCGACACUAGUUGGCAGGCUUUGAUAGAUGAAGAUAGGCUACUAUCAAGGUUAGAGGUUAUGGGAAACCAAUUACAAGCAUGUUCAAAAAGUCAAACAGAAGACAGUUUACGAAAGGAGCUUAUAGCGUUACAGGAAGAUAAGCAUAAUUAUGAGACAACUGCCAAAGAGUCCUUGAGGCGGGUCCUUCAGGAAAAAAUUGAAGUGGUCAGAAAACUCUCUGAAGUGGAGCGAAGUUUAAGCAACACCGAAGAUGAAUGUACUCACUUGAAAGAAAUGAACGAACGGACUCAGGAAGAAUUGCGAGAAUUGGCUAACAAAUACAAUGGAGCUGUAAAUGAAAUUAAAGAUCUCUCUGACAAACUAAAGGCAGCUGAGGGAAAACAAGAAGAAAUUCAGCAAAAGGGACAAGUUGAGAAAAAGGAAUUGCAGCAUAAAAUAGAAGAGAUGGAAGAAAGAGAGCAAGAGCUUCAGGCAAAAAUAGAGGCUUUGCAAGCAGAUAAUGACUUCACCAAUGAACGGCUAACUGCUUUACAAGUCCGAUUAGAACAUCUUCAGGAGAAAGCUCUUAAAGAACGCAACAGUUUAGGCAUACAAGUUGAUGACUUCAUUCCUAAAAUUAAUGGGAGUGCAGAAAAAGAGCACUUUCUUUCAAAGAGUGGAGGGGACUGCACUUUUAUUCAUCAGUUCAUAGAGUGCCAGAACAAGCUCAUAGACGAAGGACAUCUUUCCAGAGUGGAUGAAACAAAGAUUCUGAAAGAAAAUCAGGCAAAAGCAAAAGAAGCUGAUCUAUCUGAUACUCUUAGCCCGAGCAAGGAGAAAAGUAGUGACGACACUACAGAUGCUCAGAUGGAUGACCAUGAACUAAAUGAACCUAUUGCUAAAGUAGCUCUCUUAAAAGCAGAUGAAUUGCAGGGUGCACAAUCAGAAACUGAGGCAAAACAAGAAAUUCAGCAGCUGCACAAAGAACUGGUUGAAGCCCAAGAGCUAGCUAGAACAAGUAAACAAAAAUGCUUUGAACUGCAAGCUCUUUUGGAAGAAGAAAGAAAAGCUUAUAGAUUACAAGUUGAAGAGUCCACCAAGCAAAUCCAGAUUCUCCAAGCUCAAUUGCGCAGGCUACAGGAAGAUAUUGAUCAUCUUCGAGAGGAAAAGGAGAGUGAAAUUUCCAGUGCUCGAAAUGAUUUACUUAGUGCUCAGAGUGAGAUUCUGUUAUUGCAACAAGUGGCUGAAAAGGCUGCAUCAGAAAGGGACACGGAUGUGGCCGUUUUACAAGAAGAGCUUCAGAAAGUAAGGGCUGAGCUUGAAAGGUGGCGCAGUGAGGCUUCCGAAUACGAAAAAGAGAUUGUUAAGCUGCAAGCCAAUUUUCAGCUACGAUGCCAGCAGUGUGAGGAUCAGCAGAAAGAGGAAGCAGCUCGUUUACAAGGUGAACUCGAGAAGCUGAGAAGGGAGUGGACUGUUCUAGAAGCCGAAUGUGUUUCAUUAAAGAAGGAAAAUUCUUUGCUUGAAUGUGAACUUCAGAGGCAAGAGAAAGAGCUUCAUAACUCUCAGCAGCAGAGUUUAGCACUUACCAGCGAUCUGAGUGUUCUUGAGCUGACCCGAAAAGAGCUGGAAAAUAAAAUGGGAUCUCUGAAAGAACAACAUCAACGAGAUGCAUCUAGUCUAAAAACUCUUCUUAAUGAGGCAGAAAAGCAAGCCAAGGAUGCUCAGAAAGAG